AUGGACCGUCCGCAAGAGCCGCCUACCGCCGGCGGUACACCUCCUUCGGGCGCGGUGGUUGAUGUCCCCGUCGGAGGUCCGCCGGCCGCCGGCGUCGUGUCGGCCAUGAUCGCCUCCACCAUCCCGUCGAAGAGGAAGAGGAUCCCGAAGCAAUUCUUCGAAGCACCGGCGGCGGCCGCCGAUUCACCGGGCGAAGCGCCGCCGGCUGCCAAGAAGACGGGUCGGAUGAAGACCAAGGCCGCCGGGCCGAGGGGCGUGGCGCCGGCCAAGGUGCGGACCAAGGCAAUCAGCCGCAUCGGCCUCGCGCCUCCGCCGGCCUCCAAGGUCACGACCCCUCCUCCGUCCGUUCCGGCCGUUGCGCUGCCCGCGCCGCCACGCGCCGCCCGCGCCGCCCGCGCCGCCGCCAACCACCAUCGACGUAGAAAAGGUGUUCGAUGUUGA